CCACUUAAGUGCUGCGAACCCAAAAUCGUUUAUAAAACAACAAACAUAGAAUGCACAACCGUUCCAAAGCGCACUGCCAAUGCCUCGUGCAGACUGAAAGCCAUCAACUGGAAUUUGGCAGUGGCAGAAAUGGAUGUGGAACUUCUACAGCCAGUGAGCAAUAUGUCGGUUCACAUGAAGAUCUUUAAGCGUGACUACAGCAAUAAAUAUCAGCCAUUCUUGGUGGAUGUUGUGGUUAAUAUGUGCGACAUUAUUAGCCGCAGAAAUUACAGUCCCUAUGGAAGAUAUUUGUGGGGUGUGGUCAAGCGUUAUACCAACUUCAAUCACUCGUGUCCAUUUGUGGGCCACAUUUUUGCUCGCGGCUUAUUCCUCGAUGAUAGUGUUGUGCCCGUCAAGCUGCCACUGGGUGACUACCAAAUUGUUCUGUUGGCAUUUGAAAACUACGGAGAGAAGCCACCACAGUCCAUCGGUUUGAUUAAGUUCAGUGCGAAGGCCAUGGUGCCAGUGAUACCCAAACGAAAUAGAACGAACCCAACAAACCGAACCACUGGCCAGGCUUCACAAACUGUCAUUGUGCCCGUUCAAAUUGGGAAAUAA